GCGGAGCGGGGCGGUGGCGGCGCAGAGCGGGCGGCGGGCUCGGCCGGCGGCUGGCGGCAGCGGGGCCAUGGCCGCCGACGUGUUCAUGCGGCCGGCGCGGCUCCUCGGGGCAGCGGGGCCGCUGUCCCCCCGCACGGAGCCCGACGAGGACUCGUCGGACACGGAUGAUGGGGGCGCCUCGCCGGGCGGAGGGCGGCGGUGCGGGCCGCGGCGGGGGCAGCCGCCGGGCCCCCAGAUCAUCCACUCGGGCCACUUCAUGGUCUCGUCGCCGCACAGCGAGCACCCGCCCAAGAAGGGCUACGACUUCGACACGGUCAACGAGCAAACCUGCCAGACCUACCAGUUCGGGGCGGCCCGCGGCGGCGGCGGUGCCGGGGGCCGCCUCAGCAUCGACGCCUCCCUCACGAAGCUCUUCGAGUGCAUGUCCCUGGCCUACAGUGGAAAGCUGGUUUCACCAAAAUGGAAAAAUUUUAAAGGCUUGAAACUUCAGUGGAGAGAUAAAAUCCGUCUCAAUAACGCCAUCUGGAGGGCAUGGUACAUGCAGUACCUGGAGAAGCGCAAGAAUCCAGUGUGCCAUUUUGUGACUCCACUGGACGGCUCGGUUGACGUAGAUGAACAUCGUCGGCCAGAGGCCAUCGCAACAGAAGGGAAAUACUGGAAACGAAGAAUUGAAAUAGUCAUCAGGGAAUACCACAAGUGGAGGACAUACUUCAAGAAAAGGUUACAGAAACAUAAAGAUGAAGAUCUUUCAAGUUUGGUCAGGGAUGAUGAUGUGGUUCUCUGGCAAAAAAGAAGAUAUGGCAGAGAAACCCCUGUCCCUAUGGAGGAAGGCAGCCUCUUGGAUGCAGAUAUGCUUAUGUCCGAGUUCACUGACACGCUGUUCUCCACCCUGUCUUCACAUCAGCUCGUUUCCUGGCCAAAUUCCAGGGACAUAGCACACUUAGGAAAUGCUGACAUGAUUCAACCAGGGCUUAUCCCUCUCCAGCCAAAUUUUGAUUUUAUGGAUACUUUUGAGCCUUUUCAGGAUUUAUUCACACCCAGUCGUUCCAGUAAUUAUUUCCCUUCUGUGUCUGCUGUCAGCUCAGCAACAACAGACAGCACCAACCAUUCUUCCCAGUCUCCUGUCCUGCCGUCGGGUUCAUUGCCCAACACACUUCCAGCGGGGAACAUCAGUGAUGGACUGAUUGCUUCCUCAGUACCUGCUCCUGUCAUUCCUGAUGUUGGCACUGACCAGUGUUCCAGCAUUAGAAGCGGGGGAUCUUUCAUCCAGCCAGCAGACUUCACUCCUGACUCAUCUCUCAGCGGGCCACAAACUUUUAUGCCAGUGUUUCAGACACCCUUGCCACUGCUUCAACCUGCGACACAACAGCACCAGUCCCCGUUACCUGCAGUGCCUCUGAAUUCUAGCUUAAGCUCUCCACCAGCUGCGUUUCCUGCACCAGAAACCCAGAAGUUUGGCCUCUGUGAAUCUACAGUUAUCACGCACACAGCUUCCGCUACACUGACCCACAAUGCCCCUGCUACCACCUUCAGCCAGAGCCAGAACCUUGUCCUGGCAACACAGCAGCCAGGUGCAGGAGUGCCUUGUAACCUGGCUUUCCAGACUACUGUCCUGCAGGGACAGCCCCGGCCCCAGCUGCAGUCCCAACUGACAUUUGCACUCCCCAAAGCUGUUCCUCUGGCCAGUGCUGGGACAAGGCCCAAACAGUCACAAAAUACAGUGCCUGCUGCGAAGCCUGAAACAGUGUCCUUAUUGUUAAAGAAUGCCUUCAUCACCCCAGCUGCCUUUCAGGGACAGUCCAGAGCUGUGAUUGUAACUCCAGCACCUUUAAAAAGAGAGGGGAUUUUGACGCCAGCCACGUCUCAGUCUAAUGUUGCAAUUGCACCAGCUGGAAUUGUCAGAGCUCCCGGGGUGACGGAGUUCCGUAGUAACAUUCUGGUUGGUCCAGCACAGCGAGCACCAAGUAGUCAACAAACCCAGUCCACAGUCUCACAUCUCUUCUCUCCUAGUGUAGUCCAGGAUGUGUUGGUGAAAGGAGAGCAAAUCCCUUCCCACAGUAGCAGUUCACAAGUUCCUUCACCUACACCUAGCAGAGACUGUCAGAAUUCAGGCCAAGCUUCCCCCUGCACCUCUGAGCAGAGCCCCAGUCCACAGUCUCCCCAGAACAGCUGCUCAGGAAAACCUGCCACUGACCCUAAUAUGGCUGCAUUUAAGAAUCGAAGAAUGAAGCAUAUUUCAGAACAAAAACGAAGGUUUAAUAUCAAGAUUGGUUUCAGUACUCUGAACAGUUUGGUUUCAGCCAACUCCAAGUGGAUCAGCCAUGCAAUCACGCUCCAGAAAUCAGUAGAAUAUAUCGCUAAACUACAGCAGGAAAGAACACAGAUGCAAGAGGAAACCAGGCGCCUUCGGGAAGAGAUCGAGGAGCUAAACGCUACCAUCAUUUCUUGUCAACAGCAGCUCCCUGCUACUGGGGUUCCCAUAACAAGGCAAAGAUCUGACCACAUGAGGAGGAUGUUUGAUGAGUAUGUGAGAAGCAGGACCCUGCAGAACUGGAAGUUUUGGAUUUUCAGCAUUAUUAUUAAGCCAUUGUUUGAGUCCUUCAAUGGGAUGGUUUCCACAACAAGCUUUAAGGAUCUGAAUCAAACUGCAAUGGCCUGGUUGGAUCAGCACUGUUCUCUUCCUGUUCUGAGGCCAAUGGUGCUGAACACCCUCCGGCAUCUAAGUACAACCACCUCAAUUCUGUCAGAUCCAUCGUGCCUGCCAGAGCAAGCCACUGAGGCAGUUAAUAAGAUGAACAAAACAGCUGGCGAAACCUAACAACCAAAGACAAUGAGUUGCUUAAGAAGGGGUGGAGAACCUGCCAGUCUAGCAGCCUGGCGAGUCUCCUUUCAGUUGGUGCACUUUAGAAAGAAUUCUCUCCAUCACCCGAGACGUUGUUCAGGGCGUCUGGCUCUGCCUUCAGAAUGUGUGGAAGUAUGAUGCAACAUUGUCAUAACGUUUUGAUUCCUCUUCAGUGCUGUGCUGUACUCCGUUAAGUGAGAAAACACCAAGCUCAGGUAUAUUUAGCAGGUUUGAGUCCUGCAGGCAGCAAUAUAUCUCCAUCAAUGCAGCAUGCAUCUAUAUGCAACAAACAUAUUUCUUUGAAACAGCUUCAAGUACUAAGAUCUCUGAAGUGUAAAACUUGUACACCAAGGAACGUUCUCUAAAAGGGGAAACAAAAUGUGCUUUUUAUUUUGUUUUCUGGUAUUCAGUUCCAUUUGUUUUACUUGAAUAGUGAAAAUUGUUAUACAGGAUCAUAUUAAAAACCAAAGGAGAUUAAAAUUCCGUCAAUUACGUCAACUUGUGGCAAAAAUACUAGAAUUAAAAUCUCAGGCUGUGUUUUGUGUAUUUUUAUUGCAUAUGAUCAGUUUCAAGACAUGCUUUACUGUCUAGCAAAUAAAGUAGCUGAUUUUUAUUACUUUUCCUGAUACAGCCAUUACAGGUGAAUAGCAGGCUGUGCAGUAACCUCAAGAAAGCAGUUUUAGAUUGCAUAGAUUCUGCAGUUAGGAUAGAUACAUGAAUUUCAUACCCAUUUAAUCUGUGAACUGUUUUCUUGCACUCUGCAGAGCUCGGUUGCCUUCCUCAUAAAAUGUGCACAUAUAAAACACAUCCAUAGAUAAAUGUAGUAGCACUUCAGAGACAAGAAUUGAGUUUGUAAUGUUAAGAAAUUGGCUUUUUUCUUAUCUCAGAAACUAUCAAAUCACAUGGACUUGUACUCAGUUCUUUGCUUCUUUGUCUUUUUUGCUCGUUCUUUUUGCCUUCUGUCUGAAAAACCUGAAGGACUUAGCUAAAUUUGGUCUGUAUGGGAAGGUUAUGUUCAACAUGAAUUAUAAAGCAUAUAAAAAAUAUGUUUAAAACCCAAAAUACUGCAUAACAUUUUUCUGUGAAAGUCUCAGCAAGUACUGUGCUCUGCUGCAGAUAAACUUAGUCUCGUUACAGCAGUGAUAGCCUGUCCAUCCUGAGACAGCGCUGGGAUAUUCAUUCUGGCUGAUUGUUCGUAGUCUGGAAUGAUCCUGUGACCCUUGUAAUUCCACUCAUUACUGGAUUCUGAUUCUUAAAGAGCUAUGCAAACUGUGGGUAAUAUCUCCCUUGUACCUCCCCUGAGUAGUUUUCUUCCAGUUUCAAAAGUGGGCUGCCUGGAGGCGAUUAGCAGGAUAUCACAGUGCUAAAAUGAGGAGCAGCUAAAACAUUUGGGCAUUGCACAUGCUUAAAUAGGGUCAGUAGAUUUUCCCUUCAAGGGGAUGUAGUUUUUCACUGUGUUGUCCCCAGUCUUCUCCACUUGGUGUGGGCCAGUGUUUUUAAAAAGAAACAAUAGGCUUGGGAAGUGGGACUAAGCACGGGGAGCAUUUUUCUUUCUUUGUCCUGAGAUUUUGCAGCUAAUGGCUUUCAUUGCAGAGUUCCCUUACGUGUGAGCAGGACUGUAGCAAGAAGAAAGCAUGAAAGGUUAAUCCCAGCACCCUCUCCCUGGGCAGAGGUACUGUGAGUUGAGGAAUUGGGAGCUCAAGGGGAAAGGAGUUGAAGGGGACAACAAAAUGGCAUGAUCUAAGUACCAGCAUGUACCAGCUUGUACCAGCAUGCCUUUCUGUAGCUGUGCAGACAAAUGAGAUGCUCUUUUUUUUUUCUUUACAGUAGAUCUAACAUACCGUUUGAAGUUUGUGGCACAUGGGAAAACCUGUGUCCCUGUGACAGAACCAACAAAAAUUCAGGCCUCAGCUAAGGAAUGGUUUGUUGAAAUAGUGUGUAGAGGUUGUCACAGUAAUUAAAUAGUGAGUAGAUUUUCUGGGGGGAUUCAUAUCUAGGUCUUUCAUACAUAAGGUUGUAAUCAGUUAAGGAAUAUUCUUUGGGAUGCAUCUGGAUAAACAGAGUUGAAUAAGUGUAAAUUCUUUUUUUAAAAUCAGUGCUUUAAAUCCCCCAAUUUUUAUCAUUAAUUGUGAACUUGAUUUCAGUAAAGUCAUUUAACACUCUGAUUAGCUGGGGAGCAUCCCUCAAGUUCUUUCUUUACUGGGCUAUCUCAUUGAGAUAUAUAUCUACAUGCAUAUUUGCAUGUUAAAAAUAUGUAUCCGGUUUUCUAGAAAGAAAUCAGUAGGCAAAUUGUCCAAGAACAGGCACACUUGUGCUUUUGCUGUACUUUUCAGAUGAACAGAUUUUGUAAUGCCUCCCCUGCAGUGUGGUCUCCUGCUUGUCAGGCAGUGAUUGUGCUUGAUUUUUACCGUUACUAGUAUCAAUGACAUGAGAAUUUUGUCUCAACAAGCAAAGUAUGCUACAAGCACGCUUCAAAGCCCAGGGCAGUUUGAUGACUUCUAAGCUUAAAUCCCAACAUCUCAGAUCUCACUGAAUGGAUUGGAAGCUGAAAGGGACCUUAAAGGAGUAGGAAGAGGUAUUGUGGCUGAACUAAGAAUUUUGUCCAUUAGCAGUUUUUAUCUGGAUGUGGAUGGCAAAGCCAUCAUGCUUGUUGCACCGUGAGCUGGUUACAAUUGGAGGGAAAGUGCUUAUUUUAAUAACUUGUGGUGAAGAAACAAGCUCAUGGCACUAUUAAAAGACAGUAAAUCUUAACCUAGUAAAGAGAAAAUAACUAAAUAUUGCUUACUUAGACAAGAGCGUAGGAGGGAGGGAAGGAAAAGUGAAAAGAUACUUUCCGUGUAGUGCAUUUACCAGAAACGAUGUGGCUGCUCUUUGAACCAGUGAUUCAGUGUAUUUUUGUCACCUUAUUAUUGCAAAUCAGAAUUCUUUUAUCAGUCAACCUUGUGUGAGGGGUGUGAUUUCACUUCAUUUGGAAAAACAAGGAAAAAGCUGUAUUAUCACAGAAUCACAGGCUGGUGGGGGUUGUCAGGGACCUCUGGAGAUCUCAUCCAACCCCCAGCUUGAGCAGGCACACCCAGAGCAGGGGGCACAGGGCCGCGUCCAGGCGGGGGGUGAAUGUCUCCAGGGAAGGGACCCCACAGCCUCUCUGGGCAGCCCGUGCCCCUGCUCUGGCACCCGCACAGGGAAGGGGUUUGUCCUCAUGUUCAGGGGAACUUCCCAUGUUCCAGCUUAUGGCCGUUGCCCUUUGGCCUGUCACUGGGCACCACUGAAAGGAGACCAGUCCCAUCACCCUGACACCCACCCUUUAGAUAUUUAUAAGUAUUGAUGAAAUUCCCCCUCAGCCUUCUUUCCGGGCUGAACAAACCCAAGUCUCUCAGCCUUUCUUCAUAACGGAGGUGCUCCAGUCCCCUGAUCAUCUUGGUAGGUCUCCGCAGGACUUGCUCAAGCAGUUCCACAUCCUUCUUAAACUGGGGGGCCCAAAACUGGGCACAGUAUUAUUACUACUAGUAUGUCUCACAUCUGCACAGUAGAAGUACUGAGGAUUGGUAUGAAAAGAGAUUGACCACAUAGGUAUUAAUUCCUGCAUAGUUUUUCCACUUUGGUUUAUAUUUUAACUCGUUAGUCUGUCUGUCUUACCCAUUAAGGAGUCUAAAUACUAUAUUUCUUUAAAAAAAAAAGUUUGGUAACACUUUGUCCCCUAAUUCAAGUGGUCUAAUUUCCCCUGUGUCACCAAAGUAUACAUAAGCAAGCAAAACACACAGUGCCUAUACUCUACACAGAAUUACAGAUGAUGCAUGUUUGUCGUCAGUGAAUUGGUGCGAAACUUUUAAAGAAUCCCAACAUAAUUGAAAACAAGUCACAUUCAGUCAAAUCCAACAUAUUUCACUCAAGAAAGCGGUGGCUAGAUAAAAUAUUUAUGGCCUGUGAUAUGCACAAUAUCAAACUGAGAUUGACUAGUGGCUCCUUCUGACCUUGAAUUCUAUUAAUCAGUAUAUUGUAGAUGGCCCCCACCUGAAACACAAGUUCUGGAGAACUUGUGCAUUAUCUGAUGUAGGUGUUAGGCUUGCAUGAUGCUCCUUGUUAGCGGGAGUAAUAACUGAAAGUCCAGGAGCAAACUAGAAUGGAAGGAAUUAAUGAGUAGUAGAAACAAAGACAAGUGCAUGCUUCAUCCUGACAGUCUGAUCUCUGCACAAAACCAAAGGAUUCUUAAUUAACAUCACUUGACCUGACCGGCAUGCUCUUCCAUGCUUUUCUAGACCCCUCGGGAAGCCUCCCUUGAAGGGAGAUUUACUAGAAUGUUUCCAUCUGUGCCUUAGAUCUUGGCAUCCUGUAUGCAUUUCAUUUUUCUUAAGUCAUACAUUCUUCCCCCUAAUACAGUGCUCUGUGGAAAAUUUGGUGAAUUGACAAAGUGGGGCUUCCCUGGGUCUUAAGAGGAUUUUAUCUGCGUGGCAUUACUGUGUCCCUUUGAAACUGAGGUUGUGAAGAAUUGUGUGUAUGUACGGAAAAAAUUGCGUCUUUCCUGCUGACUUCACCGUCCUCCCGUCCCGUGUACGCAUGCACAUACGUACACACGUACAUACUGUCGUACCAGAAUUUUAACAGAAGACCAGUAAAUAUGCAGAUGCUUAGAUCUCUAAAUCUGGAACGGCUUGAAAAAGAUGAAGGGCUGUCAAACUGCAUUAGGAAAGAACAUCCCUUUAUUUGGUAUCUUCAGGGGUUUUUUACGUCCCCUUGAGUGUGCGUGUGUAUGCAGGUCCAGUAGAGGUGAGAGGGGCAGGUAAGUUUUGUUUUGUUUGCCUUGAAAGCCCCAAACUCCUGAAGAGCACUGUGAGAGCAGGAGAGGGAAGCUCACUGCAGAAAUACUCAGUAAGAUAAUGCUUUUUUGUAGUACAAAUUAUUUGAAAGCUAUUUCACUUUCUUUGUUUGUGGAGUGGAUAAUUCUUGCCUUGAUGUUGCCAACCAGAAGAUACUGCUGAAAAUAGAAUGGGUUGCUAACUACUUUGACCUCCUUGUUUCCUUCCUUGUUUCCACUUUAUUGCAUGGAGAAACACCUAAAAUCAAAAGGCUGAUGAUACCUGGUUUAGGUGAUUUAGGGAUUCAGUCAUACCAAUCUCAGAGGACUAUGGACAACUGUUGAUAACUUCUAGGAGGUUUUUGAUCAGGUGAGGCAACAGGAGUUUUCGUAUUAAUCCUCCUCAAUUUAUACCCUUGAGCUUCAGCAAAUAUAAUUUAUUUUGCGGGUUUUUCUCUUAUGAGGCCCCAAUAUUGUUCCCACAACAGCAGUUAAAGCCUCAAGUUUCCUUUUGUUUCAUUCUUGGUUGGAUUUCAUGCUCAUUUACUGUGUUAGGGCAGAAGUGGUAGUACUGAAUUGUAGAUUGAUCUGUAAAACUUGAUUCAGAUCCAAAAAACACAUCUUGGGUCUAUAAUAGAAUUACUUUCUAGAUAUUGUCUGAACAGCUUUUAUAUCUGAACUUUUCCAACAUUAAUAAGGUUUUGAAUCAAAAGAUAUCAGUGUUAGGAGCAAGACUUUUAAUUAACACUAUCAUGAAUAAAUUGCUCUUUUUCUUCUUCUAACCUUGUAUUUAAAUGUGUUUUAAGUGAAUGGAGUUAAUUCUUGUUAAAAAAAAAAAGUAACAAAAAAAAAGCUUGGAGGUGUGAGGACUUCAGGUUGUGCGCUUGCUUUGGCUAGGUUUCCUGUUCUCUUGCAUGACACAAUUUCUGUUGUGCUGUUGAUAUGUAGCACUUUUCAGUAGGUCUGUUAAAUUGUGCAAUGCAUUUUUUAUAUUUACAACCAAAACAAUAAAGGUUAUUUUUUGGAAGAAA